AACCUCGACCGUCCGAUCAGUCCUCAUUGAACGGCUACAAGUACCACCUCCUCCAUUUUCGUACCUCUUCACAUAGCAGUUCGCGCAAUAAUGGGUUACUCCUCCUCCUCCUCCAUUUCAAGCUCUGCUAGGCUCUCCACUCCUAAGUUCCGGUGCUUCGAUCCUGAUCAAUUUUUCUCAGAACGCCAUUCACACUCAUCACGGCCAUCCUACGUCAGUAUGAGACCGUCGUCUUCCGAGAACUCCAUUCCGGGAACUCCGACCAACUACGAGCCCAAAAUCGUCACCGGAGAAGCCGGUUACGUCCUCGAAGAUGUUCCUCAUCUCUCCGAUUACAUCCCAAACCUCCCUACGUAUCUGAAUCCAUUACAAGACAAUCCUUCAUAUUCCGUUGUAAAACAGUAUUUUGUCAAUGAAGAUGAUACUGUUGCACAAAAGAUUGUUGUUCAAAAAGAUAGUCCAAGAGGAACACAUUUUAGACGUGCAGGACCUCGUCAGCAGGUGUAUUUCGAAUCUGAUGAAGUACAUGCAUGUAUUGUUACAUGUGGUGGUCUAUGCCCAGGCCUAAACACCGUGAUCAGGGAAAUAGUAUGUGGUCUCUAUUAUAUGUAUGGUGUCACAAGAGUCCUUGGAAUAGAGGGAGGAUAUAGAGGCUUUUAUGCUCGGAAUACAAUUCCUUUAACCCCAAAGGUUGUAAAUGAUAUACAUAAACGAGGUGGCACCAUCCUUGGAACUUCAAGAGGUGGCCAUGAUACCUCGAAGAUUGUUGAAAGCAUUCAAGACCGUGGCAUAAAUCAUGUUUAUAUAAUUGGAGGAGAUGGAACUCAAAGAGGUGCUUCUGUGAUUUUUGAGGAAGUAAGAAGACGUGGCCUCAAAGUUGCUGUGGUUGGAAUUCCAAAAACUAUUGACAAUGACAUUCCGGUUAUCGACAAGUCAUUUGGUUUUGACACUGCUGUGGAAGAGGCUCAACGUGCUAUUAAUGCAGCCCAUGUCGAAGCAGAAAGCUUUGAAAAUGGAAUUGGUGUAGUCAAGUUAAUGGGUCGCUACAGCGGAUUUAUAGCAAUGUAUGCAACUCUUGCCAGCCGAGACGUGGACUGCUGCUUGAUCCCAGAGUCACCCUUUUAUCUUGAAGGACCUGGUGGAUUAUUUGAAUAUAUUGAAAAAAGAUUAAAAGAAAAUGGACACAUGGUUAUUGUUAUAGCUGAAGGAGCAGGACAAGAGCUGCUUUCAGAAAGCAUGCGGACAAUGGAACAAAAGGAUGCUUCAGGAAACAAGUUGCUCCCAGAUGUUGGUUUAUUGAUUUCUGAGAAGAUUAAGGGACACUUCUCUAAGCAGAAAAAGAUGACUAUAAAUCUCAAAUAUAUUGAUCCUACAUACAUGAUUCGUGCUGUUCCAAGCAAUGCAUCUGAUAAUGUUUACUCCACUCUUCUAGCACACAGUGCCAUUCAUGGUGCAAUGGCAGGAUACACAGGGUUCACAGUUGGCCCUGUUAAUGGACGACACGCAUAUAUACCAUUCUACCGUGUGAUUGAGAGACAGAACAAAGUAGUGGUAACGGACAGGAUGUGGGCAAGGCUUCUUUCUUCGACCAAUCAGCCAAGCUUUUUGAAUCCUAAAGAUGUUAUCGGAGAGAGGAGAAAGGAAGAACCAAAAACCCAACUACUGGAUGAGGACAAACCAUAUAGGCCAUAGGGAUGGAAAGUAAAUUGCUUCACUGAUACUGUUACUACAGCCUCAGUUGACAGUACAGCUGACUAGAUACGUCUCAAGGUUAGUGUUUGUUAAAUCGGCUUCGUGGGGCUCAUGCCUGCUCCUGCUAUAUGUUCCCUCCCCAUUGUUGCAAUGGUCACUGAUUCCACUGGUUUCUAAUGGAAUUCCUCUGUGAUAUAUGAUGUAUUUUUCAUGAACUAUGAUAAUGAGCUUGUAAAUGAAUCUCCAGGGACAUUUUGGAUCAUCUGCAAUAUAGAAGUAUAUGAUAUUAUUGUCUGAAA